AUGCUGUGGUUUUUAAGUUUACCAAUAUCGCUUGUGAGAGCUAUAAUACAUCCUGCUUAUAAUAUACUGAUUCAUGGCAAAAUUCUAAAGAGGGCUAAUGGCUACAAACCUUGGUUAUUUGAUCUAAAGUUUGAUGCGUGUAAAUACUUGCGACAUCCUGGCAUUCCCAUUGUAGGAAUUGUCUACGGGCUUUUCAAGGAAUUUACAAAUAUCAACCACACUUGUCCCUACGUGGGUCCACAGAUCAUACAAGAUUUUUAUUUGAGGUACGAACUUCUUCAGCUUCCUUUUCCUUCUGGUGAAUACAUGUUGGCAUUGCGAUGGUUUUUCGAUAGGAAAGUGCAAUUUGAUACAAAUGUAAGCUUUACGUUGGUUGAAGACAUUUUAAAAAGAAAUUAGGAAUGAAAUAUCCAGUUCCAAAACUCUUGGAAAAAACUAUAAAUAAAAGGCGA